AUGGCCCCCAAGGCAGUCCUCGUUACCGGUGCCAACGGCUACAUUGGAAACGCCGUCGCCCGUGCGUUCGUGGCUGCUGGCUGGGUCACGUACGGACUGGUUCGGUCACCCGCGUCUGCCGCGGCACUUGCCCAAGAAGAGAUUCUGCCGGUCAUUGGGAGCAUCGACGACAUAGAUGCCCAUGCAACCAUCCAGGCUCAACUUCCCCCCACGAUUGAUGCUAUUGUCUCGACAACGGAGAAUCUUUUCGACUACAUUCCGCACUACACCAACGCCGUCCGCCUCCUCCGCACGCUCGGGACCGCGAGCAGCGCUGCCGGUGUCAAACCACUCGUGAUUUUCUCAUCCGGCUGCAAGGACUACGGCAUCGGCCCACACUACCACGGCGUGCCGGGCCUGGCCCCCCACACCGAAGACUCCCCAGUUGCGCCCGUGCCCGUGCUUGCCAACCGUGCGACGUACGCAGCCCAGAUUUUUGCAAAAGCCGACGCAUUCGCACCCGUGCUCAUGCGCCCCACGAGCGUCUACGGUCGCGCGUCCAGUUACUACCGCAGCUUCUUCAGCGUCGCCGCACAGGUCGCCGCUACGGCAGGUCGGCCGCUUGUUCUCCCCCGGCCGGCCAACACGAUCGUGCAUGCGCUGCACGUGGACGACUGCGCGGAAGCCUACGUUGCCAUUGCGUCGCAACCCCGUCGCUCGGAGGUCGAGGGCCACGUGUUCAACAUCUCGGCACACCGCGACGAGACCCUCGGCGAGAUUGCGCAGGCGCUCGGCGGGGGCCCGCAGUACAUAGGCCCGUCGGAGCUGGCGGCAGACCAAGACCUGUGGCCGCCGGGCAUCAUCGACUUCCCGCAGUGGACCGACUUGACCAAGCUGCGGAAGGUGACUGGGUGGCAGGAUCACCGGCCGCUGUUUUCCGAGGCGCUGCACGUCUACCGUGUGGCUGCCGAGGCGGCCGAGGCGGCAGGGAACGAGACUGUCCAGAGAAGUAACGUCUUGGUUGCGUCGUUUCAAAAGGCUGGACUGCAGAGCAUCGGGGACACUCCCAAGUAG